AUGAAUAAAGGACACCGAAGAAGAGGGCGGGGCGGCCGUGGAGGCAGAGGUGGCGGCAAAAGAGGCUGGAAAGAUGGCACUGGCACAGCCUUCCGUGCUUCGACUGCCUUUCGCCAGUUCCGGCGGGCCUGGGCGAUUGCCUUGGCCCGUCAGGCGGCGGCGGUGGAGCCUAACACUAGCAGGGAAGUGUUUGUGUCAAACGCCAUGGCCGCAGUUCUUGAUACAGAACGUAUGGCGGAAAUUUUAGAGGCGGCAGAGGUGGCCACCACCAAUGCCCCGGACGUUGGGAAUAAUAGAGAUCAGGAGCCGGAGAGUGCGAACCGAAUGGUCGCCAGCGCUUGCAUAGCUAUGUUAACAUUCACAGGGACUCCGACGCAAUUCAUUCCACCGACAGCGCCAAGUGCUAGGCCUCAUUCCCCAGCCAGCAGGCAAUACAACUAUCUGGAGAAGGACAUAGACAAGAGCCCCUAA